UGUUGGGCCGGCGCUCUUCAGGGCUUUAUAGUGAAUGGAUGUGUGAAUGUUGUCAUCACAACCAUCGAGAAGAGGUAUCAGAUGAAGAGCACUGAAUCGGGUCUAAUAGCUGGCGGUUACGACGUCGGGGCCUUCCUCUUGUUGGCGCCCAUCUCCUACUUCGGCGGCACCCGAUCUAAACCACUCUUCAUUAGCGCCGGAAUUCUUGUUAUGGCGUCGGUGCUUUGGUCUUCUCUUUGCCUUAUUUCACAUCCGGAAGAUAUGAGUUCAGCGAAGAAAUUGAUA